GUAUAUAGAUACAGUAAGUACUUAUGGGGCAAAUUUUCAGUAGUAUGUGCCUAUCUUCUAUGGAUUUCGAUAGGAGUUAGUUGCUAAAAAUGUUAGCAGUUGUGUCUUUAAAUCUGAGGAAAUACAUUUCAAAGAAUAUAAUUUACGCUGUUAUUUGUAGCAACUCACAUACUUUUCCAUAUACUUAUGCCAUAAGUGAAGAAAUAAACUUUUAUAGUAUGUAUUUACAAAAAAGGUAACUGAAUUCAAUUACCUGGAGAUAAAAUUUCAUAAAAAUUAAAUAGAAAUAUCAUCUCACAUAAAAGACCUAUAUAACAAAACCAUCUGUCCAGUAAAAACUAAGAAAGGGAGAACUGUUUUUUGAACAGGUAUAACUACAAAAUACUCCUGAACAUCCAUAAAGAGCAACAUUGGGUUAGAAGCAAGGAGUGUGUGUCCACCUGCUACUCCCUAUGCAGGCACUAGCUGAACCGUUAGCUGUAGCUGUAGCAACAGGUCAUACUGUGACACUUGCUGACCAUCCCAAGAAAUAGAAGCAAAAAUAUAAAAACAUGGCUAAUCCUUCAUUUGAUCCUCCCCAGCAGCCCACAAGGAGUUUGUCAAAUACCACACCUUCCUGAAACAGAGCUCUGUGUACAAGACGAAGAACAGUUUUUAUAAUCAGGCAAGAAGGGAGAAUAUGAGAGAAAGAACAUAUGCACAGGCUACAAAAUAAGCAUUUUUGCUGAAGCUGUGCAGUUAGAGAGGCCCUUGCAUCUCACUACUUGCAUUGCUCUUGAAAUGUCCUGGAAAGAGUGAUGCAUGGCUUUGCCAAGCUGUCCUACAAAGUAAUGUCAAAUAUGAGACUUGCAAUCCUUGCAUCUAAAUGUGAUGAGGAAGUCUUCAAUUCUGCAUCUGGACAACCCACUCUGAAGCAAUUACAUUUCUAUUUCCGCAGACACUUGAUUCCAUUCUUUCUGAUUGUCCUGUUGGUACAAAAAGGCUUGUAUUCAUGAUAAAAAGAAAAUAAUUUAGGCUACCAUUAGAAGGCUGAGAAUUAAUAUGCCUAGAGGUUAGUCAAGCUUGUCAACUAUAUUACCUUCUUUAAAAGUUCCCCUAGUGGAGUUUGUUUAAUGAGCUGUAGAGAUGGUCCGUUGUACUGUUAAUUUGAAAUGUGUAAGCCAAGCAAAUGGCUGAGAAAUGAAGAAUCAGUGCUUUGGAAAACACCAUAGCACUAGGGCAGAAGGUCAGCAACUACGUGAGCCAGAGUCCAGAGACUAGUGUCAUCAGGCAGAAAUAAUACUGAUGUCAUGAUGUGAUUUAAGACUUCCCAGUCAAAGAAAAAUCAAGGUGUAGGGACUUUUCUUGACACAUAAACAAUGUCACCUUUUAAAGAACUGUGUUAUGAAGAAGAGCAACGUCAUUAAAUCUUCUUUCACAGGAGACUGAUUUUGUCCCUUAACCCACUGUUGUGUGACAAAAUAAAUGUGCAAAGUCAGACAUCUCCUCUAAGAUUAGUAUAUCCUAACACACACAGAACACCCCAGUUUCCACACUGAGCCCCUUGUAAACUUUUCUGCACCUGUAUGAGAAGGUGCCUUUUACAUGGGAGGUAGCUGUCACCAGGUGAAUCUUAGCACUGGUGAGCUGCUCUCUAGAGGAGCCAAACCCAGCUGGCAGGUAUCGACCUGACCUCAGUAGCAUCAAAUAAUUACCUUUUUCACUGUUUGGUGCAUGUGUUUAGAUAAUCCUUUCUGCUAGUGAAAAUAUGUAUCUUGUCCAAAGCAAUAAGUAAAAGCAGCAAGUCGAGUACAACAGCUCCUUCAGGGGUGUCACGACUAGUUUAUUGGCUGGCAGUACUUCAUAAAUACAUUCCCAAACCAACAGGAGUUUAGCUUCCAGUUUCACUGUGCUCUCUACUUAAGGAAAGGAUGAGCUGCGUGCACCAGGAGUCAGCCUGGAAGCAAGAGCCUGUCCCAGGAACAUGCCUGGCCCCCGCAUGAGCUUCCCAGAAGACUGACACCAUCUCACUAAGCCCGGCCCUCUCACUUUCCCUCUCCUCUCUUUGCCUGUAGUUAUUUUUAGAUUUCACGGGUUAAAGCUUGUCCCUUCUGGACGCUUGUAUGCACAGGGCAGGCACACACGUGCUGUAGAUACUACAACUCGGGCACAGGAGUUAGCAACAGAUUAUCUUGUUCCUCCACAUCAACGAAUAAAUUCCGACUUCUUAUGACAAAAUACUGCCCUCUGAGAGGAUGCACAACGUGCUCAACCACAGGGAAUUUUGUUGAUUGCAGAUUUGACUGGGAGACUUUAAACGGAUAGAAAAAGCAGUUUACACAGCAGCUUCCUCUUUUCUCAGAUUUCCUUCCAGUUUGCAAGAUCUCGCUUUCUUUCAGCAUUUGCUAUAAGCCUGAUUCCCAUGCCGUCCGCCAUAAAUGCAGCAGUGGCUCAGCAGACAGCUGCUGGGUCCGUUCCCAGCGCUACUAUCAGCACCACAACUGAAGGUGUGGGUGGGGGCACAGGGGGGAUUUAUUCUGCCAUCAUAAGUCGCAACCAGCCCAUUAUCAAGGUAAAGCAGAAGACCUAUGAAGACCUUCACAAGGCGUGCCUGGAGAAAAACAUUCUUUAUGAAGAUCCUGAUUUCCCGCCAAAUGAGUCCUCCCUCUUCUAUAGCCAGAAAAUCCCCAUCAAGUUCGAAUGGAAAAGGCCACAUGAAAUCUGUGAGAAUCCACGGUUUAUUAUUGGUGGAGCCAACAGAACAGAUAUCUGCCAAGGAGAAUUAGGUGACUGCUGGUUCCUGGCUGCCAUUGCUUGCCUGACACUGAAUAAAAAACUACUCUGUAGAGUCAUACCUCAUGACCAGUCCUUUAUACAAAACUAUGCUGGCAUCUUUCACUUCCAGUUCUGGCGCUACGGAGACUGGGUGGACGUCGUCGUCGAUGACUGCUUACCCACAUACAACAACCAGCUGGUCUUUACGAAGUCCUCCCAGCGUAAUGAGUUCUGGAGCGCCCUCCUGGAAAAGGCCUAUGCAAAACUUCAUGGAUCAUACGAAGCUUUGAAAGGAGGCAACACCACCGAAGCCAUGGAGGACUUCACCGGAGGAGUCACAGAGUUCUAUGACAUAAAGGAUGCCCCUAGAGAUAUCUAUAAAAUCAUGAAACAUGCCAUUGACAGAGGAUCUCUCAUGGCCAGCUCCAUUGAUGAUAACCUAGGCUUUUCCUAUGGAUCAGCUCCUCGAAGCAACAUUGGGGAACUGAUUGCUCGAAUGGUGAAGAAUCUAGAAAAUGCGCAGAUGACUCACUCCACUAUAGACUACCAUGGGACAGAUGAGAGGCCAGCCUGGACCAUAGUGCCAAUGCAGUACGAAACCCGGAUGUCUUGUGGGCUUGUCAAAGGCCAUGCCUACUCUGUCACAGCCGUGGAAGAGACAACAUUUAAAGGGGAAAAAAUACGUCUGGUAAGGCUGAGAAACCCCUGGGGGCAGGUGGAAUGGAACGGACCUUGGAGUGACAAGUCAGAGGAGUGGAACUUCAUUAAUGAAGAAGAGAAAAUCCGCCUGCAGCACAAGAUCGUCGAGGAUGGCGAGUUCUGGAUAGCAUUUGAAGAUUUCAUGAGGCACUUCACAAAACUUGAGAUCUGUAACCUCACGCCUGAUACUCUGGAAGCCGAUAAACUCCAGACCUGGACUGUGUCAGUCAACGAAGGGCGCUGGGUGAGAGGCUGCUCAGCUGGAGGCUGCCGCAAUUAUCCAGAUACAUUUUGGACCAAUCCCCAGUAUCGCUUGAAGCUCCUGGAGGAAGAUGAUGAUCCUGAGGAUGAAGAGGUUGUCUGCAGCUUCCUCGUCGCACUGAUGCAGAAAAAUAGGAGGAAAGAACGCAAGCUGGGAGCCAACCUGUACACGAUUGGCUUUGCCAUCUAUGAGGUGCCCAAAGAGAUGCAUGGUACUAAGCACCACCUGCAAAAGGACUUUUUCCUCUACAAUGCCUCCAAAGCUAGAAGUAAAACCUAUAUAAACAUGCGAGAAAUCUCCGAGCGCUUCCGGUUACCACCCAAUGAGUAUGUCAUCAUCCCGUCAACAUAUGAACCCCAUCAGGAGGGAGAAUUCAUCCUGAGGGUCUUCUCAGAGAAAAGAAGUCUUUCAGAGGAGGCUGAAAAUAUGAUUGAGGCAGAACGUCCAUCGAAGAAGAAAAAGGGCAAGCCUAUCAUCUUUGUUUCUGACAGAGCAAACAGCAAUAAGGAGCUGACAGCAGAUGAAGAUGCUGGCAAAGAUGGUGAAAAAACCAAUCUAGAUGAGAAAAAGGUUUCUGCAGCAAGUGGCAAAGGGGAAAAUAGGGCUUGUAGUGAAGAGGAAAACCAGUUCAGGAAUAUUUUCCGACAGAUUGCUGGGGAUGACAUGGAGAUCAAUGCUGAAGAACUCAGGAAUGUUCUCAACAAUGUUGUAAAAAAACAUAAAGACCUAAAGACAGAAGGAUUUGAACUGGAAUCCUGCCGCAGCAUGAUUGCUUUAAUGGAUACAGAUGGCUCAGGGAAGAUAAAUUUUGAUGAGUUUCGACAUCUCUGGGACAAGAUUAAAAGCUGGCAGAAAAUUUUCAAGCGUUAUGACACGGAUCAUUCAGGAACCAUUAACAGCUACGAGAUGCGCAAUGCUGUCAAUGAUGCAGGGUUUCGGCUGAACAACCAGCUCUACGACAUCAUCACCAUGCGCUACGCUGACAAGAACAUGAACAUCGACUUUGACAGCUUCAUCUGCUGCUUCGUGCGCCUGGACGCCAUGUUCAGGGCAUUCCACGCCUUUGAUAAAGACGGAGAUGGCAUCAUUAAGCUCAACGUCCUGGAGUGGCUGCAGCUCACGAUGUAUGCGUAACACCAGAGCCAGCGUCUACCUUCAUCAAGACCUCUGUUUUGAGUGACUAGCUCCAUUCAUCUCCAAGUGCAAAGAAGAGCAUUUCCCAAUUAUUUGCUUCGGUCACUGAGAUAAUGGGAAGAAGCCCUUAGGAAAAAAAAAGACGACCAUACUGCAGUAGGCAGACCAGGGCGCAUAUUCUGUAACUACUGUUACAAUUUCUUGGCAUUUUCCUUUGGGCAACAAGGAUUAAUUUAUUGAUGACUGAAUUAAGCUUUUUCUGCAUGGCUGAGACACGGAGCAUGCAUUGUUAUUCUGCUUAUGCUGACACCUGGAAAAGCCUUCCCUCAAGUCAAGCAGAAUUGGGACUGUAUCUAACUGUGAAAGUCAGAGGUGUUCACUACCACCUUGUAAUUAGUCAUUAACUCCUUGUCCUCCUUUUCAUAUUAUCAAUUACAGCCUCUUCAUGAUAUUGACUGAAUAUUUCACAAGACUGUGCCAGAUUACAUUAAUAUUAUGCAUCCCAACCACGUUGUUACAGAUGUGGCUGUGCAGGUUGGCUCCCUGCUAUGCUAGGAACGUGGCAGUAAGGCACAACAGACUGCAGUAUCUAGGUACAGCCUAGUCUAGUGCUUCAGCAAAAGUACUGGAACCAAGCAAUUUGCUCUCAUUUUUAGUACCGCCAUAGUAUCUUAAUUACACAUUGGACAUUUGGAAUGUUUUCUAUUGUAACUGCAUUUUCUGUAACAUUGAGAAAGUUGUUUCCCAUUUGAGACAUAAACCCUCUUAUACAUACAAAUGUAUAUAUCUACACACCCACUCUCCCCCCACCUCAGGGUCUGAUUUCCUGACAGUAUUCUGUAUUUCUUUAUUGUAAGAUGUGACUUGCAGCAGAAUCAGACACUAUGUUAGCAUGACCACUUUGGCAAGGUUAUUAGAAUGUGUAAGUACAAUCAGUUUAAUUGAAUUGAAAAUAAAAUCAACUGGAUUUUGGCCUAA